CAAAGUCUUGGCCGUGGCAGUUGUGGUUGGUGGUGGUUGGUGGUGGUCAUCGUCCUUUUGUUUUUCCCACGAAUGGUUUCAUCUGAAAGUGCUGCGCGCCUCCGAAACCUGUAGCCUCUACCGCCAUCACUCAACCCCGGCGCUUAACUGCAGCGGCCGUUCAUUUAAAAGUUAGGAGGGGGUGCUCUCGGUAGAACUUGGUGGUUAGCGGCGGGUUUUCUGUCACAUAUCCUGCAGGCUGUACAAGUCCACGUUACAUACACAGCGUAGUGCUGCUGCGCGUGCUCUGUACAUAUCCACAUUUUAAAUGCCACGUGUAUGUUUAAACUCUAGGUCUCACAACGUGUGCGUUAUUAUCACGACGGAGCAUUAGUUUGGGGGCGGGGAGGGGGGGGUGUUUGGUUGUAUCUUCAGGAAAUCAGGCUAAAAAAAACACAUUUCGGCUCUAACAUGGAUAGUUUUAACCCGAAAUUAGACUUGGAAAAUGAUACCACCAACCAGAGCUUGCUGGCUUGCUCCUGGGACUGGCCGCCGGUCACACACAACGGCAGCAGCGGCAGUCCCGUGCCUGCCGCGCCGGUGUGGAAUUGCCACAACGCCAACAACGACGACGACGGACCGGAGAUCGACAACCCGGCAACCCCGUCCACCAUCGCCAUCGUCAUUCCCAUCCUCUACUCGCUCGUGUGCGUGGUCGGCCUCGUGGGCAACGUUCUCGUCAUGUAUGUCAUCGUAAGGUACACCAAGAUGAAAACCGCCACCAACAUUUAUAUCUUCAACCUGGCUCUGGCCGACACGCUGGCCACCAGCACCCUGCCCUUCCAGAUUGUCAACUACUUCAUGAGCACAUGGCCCUUCGGUCGCGUCCUCUGCAAGCUCAUCAUCUCCAUCGACUAUUAUAACAUGUUCACGAGCAUCUUCACGCUCACCAUGAUGAGCAUCGACCGAUACAUCGCCGUCUGCCACCCGGUGAGGGCCCUGGACUUCCGAACGCCCGUCAAGGCCAAGCUCGUUAAUAUCUGCAUCUGGUCGCUGUCGUCUGCCAUCGGCCUGCCCGUCAUGAUCAUUGCGGUGACCAAGCAGGAUAAGAAUGGCAACGUGGACUGCACGCUGGAGUUCCCCAGGCCGACGAUCUACUGGGACAACAUGCUGAAGACGUGCGUGUUCGUGUUCGCCUUCUUCAUCCCCGUGUGCGUCAUCACCGUCUGCUAUGGCCUCAUGAUCACGCGCCUGCGCAGCGUGCGAGUGCUCUCGGGCUCCAAGGAGAAGGACCGCACCAUGCGGCGCAUCACACGCAUGGUGCUCGUCGUGGUGGCCGCCUUCGUGGUGUGCUGGACACCUAUCCACCUGUACGUCAUCGUCCGCGCCAUCGUGCGCAUCCCCGAGAGCGCCGUCGUGACGGUCAGCUGGCACGUGUGCAUCGCCCUCGGCUACGUCAACAGCAGCAUGAACCCAUUCCUCUACGCCUUUCUCGACGAGAACUUCAAGCGCUGCUUCCGAGAAUUCUGCUUCCGCCGCAACUUUCGACUGGACCUACCCAGCACGAGUCGCGUGCGCAGCAUCGCCCGCGAGGCCUCCUCCAUGAACAACCUGGAUGGCAGCAAUGACAACUCCUGACUAGGCGUGGAGAUGCGGGGACACCGGACACGUCCCCUAAGGGGAGAUGACACCGAUGUCACGCAAGUAACCAGCGCCUUCUGAGCUCUAGUGAGCGUUCGACUGCUCCUUACUAUUAAAAUUCUUUCCCUUUAUUACUGCUAACCCUACUUCCUCCCUUUGUUGCUGUUAAUCCUACAUAAUGCACGGGUAUAAUAUGACUUUGAGACCGACCCCCCCCCACCUCCUACACAUUCCACAAGUAGUGACUAAUCCCAUAUCUGCAUUUUCCAUAAAUAUGCUAAAUUCAUCUGUUGAUAUGUAAAUUCCUUUGUCAAGGCGCCCUUCCUCCUCUAAUCCAGCUUAAAUAUACGCUGCCAAGUUUGGUGGUGUUUAUUCAGACGCUGUCUUUCCGACAGACCUGUUCUUCACCUGAGGACGGCUGCUUGCGUUGUGCCCGAAACGUCGUGAGAAUUGUAUUUUAUGAUGUUUUAUUUUUAUUAUUUUAUUAUUUCCCUUCUACGUGACUUUACCUAAAGAACCAAGAAGAUGCUCGUAGAGCGUUUAUUCCUUUUCGGUUGUAAAGCAGGUGGCUUUGUGGUGAGUUUGACGCGCCGGUGUGGUUUGGUUUUUAUUUCUUACGGAAGAUCGAGGACCGCAUGUUGUGGUGCCCUGAUUUGUUUGGCAAACUCUCCACGCCGAUCAUGGGAGUGAUUGUGUGUAAGCGAUGUGCAAAUCAGCAAAGUUUCACGUAAACUAGAGUAGGUGUUUAUCGUUGGAAAUUGUAUACAAUUGUAAUAGACAGCAUUGUAUAAAGGUAAUGGGGUGAUAUUAUUAUGAGCUGCAUAUAACCAAUGGGGUUUAUUUUUCAAUUGUGUUUGCCAGAAAUACGCAGGGGGGUCACGUUAUUCUUAGAGCGGGCUAUGAAGUGCGCACAAAAAUACAUUUACAUACUGAACUUUCGAAUACCAUGGCCAUUGAUAUCAAAGUAUGUAUUCAAUAUGUCCUUCCCCUGCACCUCCGAUGAGCUUGGUUUGCUACGUACGGUGCGAAAGAAGUUCAACAUACAUAUUUAAGUGAGGAUUAAGCUUCCCUAUAUACAAAAUAGUGGUGCAAUUUUUUCGUCAAAUCUAUUUCACCACCCUUGAUUAAGUUCACUACUGUAUCAUUCUGCUAACACAGGGUAUUGCCAAGGACGUUUGGAGCAACAUUACAAACCAAAGAAAUAAAAUAUGACCAUUUUAUUCUCAAAUACAAACACCUGAAGCACUUAUUCUGCAAACAAGAGGCCUUUGUAUGUUGAAGGGCAAAUAUUUUAAACUUUAUGUGGCUGUAAUCCUCACUUCAAAAUUAAACGGUAAGUGAAAACAGGAAUGGGUUCGUAAUAUAUGGCACAUUUUAGUACAAAAAUUAUUGUUAUGAAUGAAAUAAGGUUGAAAGAAUACCGGAUGAAAAAUCAAGACGGAAAAUACAAUAUAUCAAAUACAAAAACGGAAAUGUGCAAAUGUAAAUUUUCCCACAAUGUAUCAUUGAAAAAUAUAUAUUGCGACUUGUAUUUGAAACCUAGAAAUACACGGUGUUUCCUUGAACUUGAAAGCAAUCGGGUCUGUUUGCAUCGUGCACUGUAAUGCAGAUGAACUAUAAAUGCAUAACGCGUCCAAACUCGUUAGUCGUUAUGAGGAGUUUCAUUCUGCUCAAUAAAAAGUGUACACAAGGGCUUAGGGGCUGCAAAUGUGCAGCCUCUUUACUUUGGGAGUGUUCUAUUUCUGCAAAGGUUGGGUGGGGGAGUUAACUCGUGACACAACAGACCCCCAAACCCGAGCUGCACUAAUGGGACGCUCCCAAACAAGCGAUGUCCUUAGGCUGUUUUACAUCAUGACCGAUUUACACGGAACGCCACUUGUGUUGUAUCCCAUGCUACGCUCGAGCAACCUGGGGUAGUUUGUAGGCAUUUUCCCAUCAGGAGUUGUGUCUAAAUCCAAUAAUAAUGCAGUCAACAACAUCUGUACAUCACAGAUGUAUGCGUGAGAAAUACGAUGUACAUGUGCACAUUAUAGCGCCGUCAAAAGGAUUUUAAAAGCACGAUUUUACGGUGACCACUAAUGUUAGUGACCACAAAGCCGAGUUGAAGCUUUCUUUGAGCUUCCUGUGUAAAUGAUUCAUGCCCUGCAAUGCAGAUUACAUUAUUUAGUGGGACGACUGCAUAAUGUUUACAGACGUAUCAGUCACUGCUCUACAUUGUCUGACAUUAUUGUGAGAGAUAUUGGUUUCAAAUUAUCAUAACAGAGCAUAACAGUUCAGUUAACGUGACUUUUUUUGUCGUCUCAUUAUUAAAACAUGUGGACAUCUGCUGUUAUCCAGUUGGUAUCUCCGAGGAACAUUCUGCACAUUCCCUUGGGAAUAAUGCGAAAAAAGUAAGUGAAGUGACACAACCGUCUGGGAAAUUGUUGUUCAAACAUGACUUUCGUGACAGAGCCCUCUUAAAUUUCGAUUUAAAGCUUUCGUGACUGCAGGGAUUCAUCUUCUUGGUUCUUUCGGUAAAGUCACGUAGACGCUGUCUUUCCGACAGACCUGUUCUUCACCUGAGGACGGCUGCUUGCGUUGUGGCCGAAACGUCGUGAGAAUUGUAUUUUAUUAUGUUUUAUUUGUAUUAUUUCCCUUCUACGUGACUUUACCGAAAGAACCAAGAAGAAGAGCCCUCUUAUUUAAAGUUCCACACUAUGUUUGGAAGUCGCACAUGUACAUUUCCCAAACUAUAUUAACGGAAGAAUGCGGAUUGCAGAUUAAAUUGAUUUAAAAAAACACUCUCAUGAUUUGUUGAAAAUUGCUGCGGUAUUUAUCUUGUUUAAGACAUGACAGCUCAAUGAUGUUUCUUCUAAUCAGCCUAAGGACAUUGCUAUUUUGAAGUAUUUGUUGUUCAAUAUGUAUGUAAUAGUUACAGAUGUAUUUUUGCUGCAAUGUCAACAAGCAUUGCAAUUAUCUGUCUAGCAUAUAGUGGUCUGUUUACAACUUGUAUUCGUAAGCCAUGUUUCCAUUCAAAUGAUAUUAUACAUUUCAACAUGUGGAUAUAUAUAUUAUGAAUGAUCUGAGAGUGCCCAAUAUUGUGGUUGCUUCAAACAGCAGCAAUUUUUGUUUCAUGGGCCACACGUGAUGAUCUGAUGAAAUGUACAGCAGUCCCCAGUGACAUCCAGAUAAUUUAAUGUGGAUGUGCAUUCAUAUCUUAGUCAAAAGAAAAGCCUAGCAAAUGCUAGAAUUAUUCCCAUGCAUUAAAUAUGUUUGGUUAAAAAAAAUAAAGAUUAUACGACAAUGCAUACUGAGUAUUUAGGUGAAAUAAAGACCCUUCAUGCUUAAUUGAAAUCAUUUU